AUUGAUGUCUCGGGAUCAAUUGCUUAUGUAGCUCAAAAUUCAUGGAUUCAAAGUGGGACGGUUCGAGAGAACGUGCUCUAUGGGAAGCCAAUGAACCAGGCAAGAUAUGAUGAAGUCAUUAAAGCAUGUGCACUGGACAAGGACAUCAACAACUUCCCACAUGGUGAUCUCACAUAGAUAGGCCAGAGAGGGCUCAACAUGAGUGGUGGACAGAAGCAGAGAAUUCAACUUGCUCGAGCCGUUUAUGAUGAUGCUGAUAUCUAUCUCCUUAAUGACCCUUUCAGUGUUGUUGAUGCUCACACUGCUGCCACACUCUUCCAUGAUUGUGUGAUGACUUCUCUAGAGAAGAAGACUGUGGUUCUAGUGACUCACCAAGUGGAGUUCCUCUCAUCAGUUGACAGAAUCCUGGUUGUUUCAACUUACUGGCUGGCAUUUGCCAUUGAGAUUCCUGACAUUAGGAAUGGAACCUUGAUUGGAGUUUAUGCUCUCAUCUCGACAUUGAGUGCUGUUUUCUUCUGCCUGAGAUCCUUAGUUACAACACACUUGGGAUUGAGAGCUUCCAAGAGCCUCUUCUCUAGUUUCACUAAUGCAAUCUUCAAGGCUCCUAAGUCUUUCUUCGAUUCUACACUGGUUGGACGAAUCCUGACUCGGGCAUUGUCUGAUCUCAGCAUUCUGGACUUUGACAUCCCUUUCUCCAUCCUCUUCGUCUUGGGACCUCUCAUAGAGCUAGUGGUCACCAUUAUAAUCAUGGCUUCAGUCACAUGGCAAGUUCUCAUUGUAGCCAUCCUAGCCCUCAUAGCUUCCAAAUACGUUCAGGACUACUACUUAGCAACUGCAAGGGAGCUCAUACGAAUCAAUGGCACGACGAAAGCCCCCAUGAUGAACUAUGCCUCCAAGACCUCACUAGGUGUAGUCACCAUCAGCGCAUUCAAGAGAACCCAAACCUUCUUCAGCAACUACAUCAAGCUCGUGGAUCGAGAUGUUGUGGCUUUCUUCCACACCAAUGGCGUGCUCGAAUGGCUCGUGAUACGAAUUGAGACGCUCCAGAACUUCACCUUGUUCACUAUUGCAUUUCUCCUUGUCCUGCUCCCUAAGGGCACCAUAGCCCCGGGGCUCGUAGGCCUGUCGCUGUCGUACGCGUUGUCCCUCACCGGUACACACGUCUUCAUGGUUCGUUGGCAUUGCAACUUGGCCAACUACAUUGUCUCGGUUGAGAGGAUCAAGCAGUUCAUGCACAUUCCUCCAGAGCCAGCAGCCAUAGUGGAGGCAAGAAGCCGCCGAGCUCGUGGCCCCAAAGGGGAAAGAUAG